CGGCCAACAUGCGCCGCUCGCUCGUGCUCCUCUCGAUUCUUCUGUCCGUCGGUAGCAUCCGGCACAAUGUGCGACUGCAGCCGGAGCGAAGGAAUCGCAUGCUCACGAUGCACCGACGAUUGGGCAAUCUCAACGAGAUCGGCCAGAGAGUUUGCUUUGACCAUCUCGGCUGCUUCAGCGAUCGUCAGCCGCUGGCGCUGAAGCGGCCGCCCCAGCACCCGAGCGUCAUCAAGACCGAGUUCUAUCUGUACACGCGGGCGAAUCGCCACGAGCCCGACCAGCUCGAGUACGGCGACAAGCUGCAGUCCAUGAAGCAGACGCGCUUCAACGCCAGCAAGCCCCUCAAGGUCGUCAUACACGGCUACAAGGGCAGCGGCAAGAACGCCGGCGUCGACGCCUUCCUCGAUCUCGAGGACGCCAACGUGAUCGUGGUCAAUUGGGCCCGGGGCGCCGGCUCGAGCUACGGCCUCGCCGUGUCCAAUACCGAGCUCGUCGGCCGCCAGCUCGGCCUAAUUCUCGCCGACGCCGUUGACAUGGGCGUGCCCCCCAGCCGCAUGCACCUCGUCGGCUUCAGUCUCGGCGCCCACGUGGCCGGCUGCGCCUCCGAGGUGCUGAAGAAGCGCGGCCACCUGCCGGGCCGCAUCACAGGCCUCGAUCCGGCCUCGCCCUUCUUCCGCCACCAUCUGUUUCGCGACAAGUCGCGCAAGCUGGACGCCUCGGACGCGCGCCUCGUCGACGUCGUCCACACGGACGGCUCGUCCGACUUCUCCGACGGCUUCGGACUGCUCAAGCCCAUCGGCCACAUCGACUUCUUUCCCAACGGCGGCAGACAGCAGCCCGGCUGCAAGGACAUCAAGCACUCGGUCGUCGUCAGCCAUCUCAACGAGGACAGCCUGGACAUCAACAUAGCCUGCAGCCACGUGCGCUCGUGGUUCCUGUUCGAGGAGAGCCUCGUCAGCCAGAAGACGAGCAGCAACAAACACGAUCAGGGCUGCAAAUUUCACAGCUGGCCGUGCAAGCGGCGCUACGGCAGCUUCCAGGCGGGCUCGUGCUUCCCGCCCGAGGAUGCGAUCGCGGCGCCCGAGCUCGGCUACGCCGCGGACCGCGGGCCCCAGGGCCUGUACUACCUGGCGACGCGCUCCGAGCCGCCCUACUGCGGACUGCCGCUGCGCGCCGCGGUGAAGAUCGCCGACAGCGAGCCGCCGCGGCCCAGGGGCGUGGUCACGCUCGCCCUCGUCAACAACGCCACGAGGACCGUCUUCAAAAUCAUAUGCGACCAAUCGACGUUACCGCCACUUUCGAGCCUGAACAAUCGCAACGUCGCCCAGCCGACGUUCUACGACAUCAAGGCCGCGGAUUACGAGGGCUUCUCGACGCUGCUCGAUCGGCUCGAGGCCACCGUCAAAUUCGACGUGACCGUCGUGGCCGAGGACGAGGCGGCGGCUGCGGGGGCGGCGUUGCCACCCGUCGACGAGGCGAUCUACGUCGACCGCAUCGCCGUGGAGGAUCGUCGUGGCAACAGUUGGAGAUUUUGCGGUGAGAAUUUGGCCAUCGGCAAGAAGGAGCAGACGUUGACUCUGACAAAUAGCGCCUGCUAGCCAUACAGCCGGCGCAUACACGCGCGUAUAUUUAUAUAUACACCUACGAUUAUAAGCUUUACACAAUUACAUGCGUAUAAGUAAGAGAUGUUAUAUACGGCGUUUCGACACGCGCACACAUAUUGUACAGUUACUUUUUUUUCUCUGUUUUCUU